AUGGAGUAUUACACUUGUAUUGUUGACCUCUUAGGUCGUAUGGGCCGUCUUGAUGAUGCAUUGGAGUUUGCAAGAAAAAUGCCUCUUGAACCAAAUGAAAUGGUUUGGCAAGGGCAGUUGGGAGGGUGCAGGAUUGAUGGCAAUGUUGAGUUCGGAGAGCUGCUGAGAAGAUUCUUUCCAUUCAACCAAAGUAUCCUGCCACCUAUGUUCUUUUAUCCAACACAUACAUGGAAACAGGAAGGUAAAGUACAGAAAUUUUAUGCAAGAGACAAGCAACACCCGCGAAAAGACGAUAUAUAUCUCAUGUUAGAAGAGUUAAGGGAGGAAAUUAAGGCUAUAGGUUAUAUCCCAGAUUUGAGUGACGCAUUACUAGAUCAUGAUUGA